CACCAGGAGAAGGCCGAGGGCUCUUAGCGGCGCCCAGUCGAUCUCGUGCGUAUUGGUCUAGCUCCCCCGUUGAAUAUUAUCUGCUAUACAUUGCACAGACUCAGGUGCGACGCAAGAUACGAAUGGUCUUUCCGCCCAACGCCGCGCCGAGGCGGUGGGAUGGAAUCGACAGGGACUUUUAACCCAAAACACGAGACCGAGAUGAUGGCUCUACAACCCGCGGGCUACCUCGCUGCAAGUUCAGACAAAUUGUGUGCCCAAGCAGCACAACCAUGACGCGAACAAGAAUUGAAAAAGGAACAAGGCACUAGAGACCUUUUCGGCUACACAAGUAGGGAUCCGGGAACUAUUGAAUUGCUGGUUCCGUGAGGCAGUGCCAGUGUCUUGCCCGAGACACCGCUCAACCUGGAGGGCCACGGCCUGCCCCACGACGGCAGUCUUGAUGAAGAGGAAAGACAAGAGACAAGGCCCCGCAUGGGCUGCGGCAAUAGUGACACGGGAUCCAAGGAUCGGGUUCUCAGUCACGGCUUGCGGCCUCGGCCCCAGAUUUCUCUGCGUGCUCAUGCAAGUCGGAAACAGCUGGCGAUGCUUUGGCUGGAGCGAUAAGGGCAUGGUCAACGCAUGGCAGCAAGACAAUGUUCCCGUCUACUUGCCUGCCCUCUCUUUCCCUUUUCGGCUGCGGCAACUCGUCCCUCCAAGGUUCGUGUCAUGACCGGGACACGGAGGACUGCAGAGAGCUGCCAAUGCAGUUAGACAAGCCGUUCAGCAUGAGUGCGGUGCCUCCUCUUGCUGCCAGUGCUGCUGAGCACACCAGCCUGGCGAGGUGGGUGGGUUUGAGGCCUGCAUCGUGAGGUCGAAUUAAGGUUGCCUUCGCACCGGGCAGGGGUCUUGAUGUGAGCUGUUAGCUGGCGUCGCGCCUCUGCUGCCAGCGCAUUAACACUUGCCAUGAAUACCAUGGCCCAUGGGUUGUGGUUUCCCCCACUGCCACCGCCCGCGCCUCCACACCCCACCUGAACAUGUCAUCCAAGGCUCCAAGGCUCCAAGGCUGGCCUGACGCGAUGGCUGACCCGCUCUGGCUGAUCCACUUCCCCUCCUCCUCCCGACUCCGCCCUCAUUGCUGAGCCAUCUUGAUCCUGACUGCCGCUGAUAAGACCCAGCAGCGGCUGAAGAGAAGACCUGGGGACAGCUCCAAGCAGCAUCGUCGAGCUGUUUCGGCGGCCUACCUAGUGCAACCCUCUGCAGCCUCCGCUGGCAGUGCUUGUGCAGAACAGAGCAUGUCGUGCCUCGCGUCGACCUUCCCACCGCCAGCCACGCCGCUCCCAGCGCCCAGCGCCCGUACGGGCAAUCGGGCAAUCGGGCCUAUGUGCGGGGCCCGGAACCGUCGCCAGGAGCCCUCGCCAGGAAUCAUCGCCAGCCAUGCCCUGAUCGCGCGGCGGGCCUGCUCGAGCGACCUGCACUGCAUCGUGCAUAUGCAACACGCAGGUCAACACGAGCCAGAUGAGCACCAUGCACUCGCCUCAACCUUCGACAUCGCGCCUCUUCGACGUCAGCUUACCGCCUGCUGCGGACUCACCUGGUCCACAGCCCAUCUUUCCUCUCGAGUCCCAACCGACCAGGCCGGCCGCUCGCGCGUCUUAUCGCUGCUUACACAUCUCUCAAGCUGACACCGGCGUCAUUAGCAAUCAGCAACCAGCAGUCCGCAGUCCACAAUGCUUUCGAGGCCUUCAGUCCCCCUAACCCGGGGCACGAGCCAAAGGUUGCGGCUGGUGGCCACGAGGCGCCUUGGUUUGGUCCAUCCCGGACGGUAUUUCAGCUUCAUAAGAUUGCCGCCCUAGUCUGCUUCAGCCUUGGGCACCUCAGUAUCCACCCAGCCCACAGCUACACAAGCCGCGGCACCAGAACAGGCUACCGCCCUCGCCCCAGGCCAGCGGGACCUCGCCCGCGGUAGGAUCGACAGUUGGGCCCGGCCCCGAUAGCCUCACAGCACAUCACCCCCCCCCACCAACUGUCGUCCAGGCUGCCCUUUAAACCACGAGGCAGAUAACCCACCUACCUGCAGCGAGACUUAGCCUGCUGACGCCGGCGUUGUGAUUGCCAGGGGGGGGGGGCUGGGUGGUGGCUUCUGGUCUCUCACGACAAGGCCAGCAUGGCAUCAGAAUCCCCCAGCUCAGUCUCAUUCGAGAAGUGGCCUCCUGCUUCAUCGUGGUCUAACAACCAGGCCCGACCUGUCCGCUAUUGAUGAGAGCAUCUGGAAUUUCCCCAGAAUGGGCUCUGUCAUUCCUUGGCCAACGUCUUGCCCGUGCUGGAAGGAGACCUCGGCAAGGCAGUAUCUUGCACCACCGCCACCGCUUAACAUCUCCUAGUACAGCCAUUCGCACGAUAUCUGGGGUCGCGCAGCUCAUCCGGCAGGCCGCGAUUCCCAUGAGUCGGUAACAUGCAAGCUUAUGCACACGCUCAUGUUCCUUCACAAUGGGCCUUCCAUGCAGCAGCUUCAUUGCAUGGCCUGCGCUGCAGGCUCUUCAUUGCAGAAGUGGAGCAUGCCAACCCACAGUCUUACUCUUCGUGGCAAGUGACCUCUGCCGGGUGCUGACAGCUUACCUGAACGAGCAAGCCUGUCCAGUGUCUUGUUCUCGUUUCUGGCAAUUUGGGCAACAGAGAGGACGUCGCCGCUCAAGUUCCAUGGGCCUUGUUCUGGGCAUGCCAUGGUACACGUUGGAGCGAGCGCACACCAGCAAGUUUCUAGUAUGGGUGCAGUCUGACAACAACGACCCAAUGGCUGAUACAUAAUCUCGGAAAGCAUCCGGGCACUGUCGUAUUGGCGGAGCGGCAGACGCACUAGCUCCAGCGGUGUCUUCUAUGACCGACACACCACCGCAUUCUGAGGAUUGCUUGGGACCAACUGGGUGCUCAUCCAAUCGCCCCGAUAUAGAGACAGACGCACGCAACAGCGAUCAUCGUUAGGGGGCGCCCUACUCUACUUGGGCAUGUCAACACCGCCCACCGCUCAUUUCCUUCCCAGCCCUGUGAGCGUCUCGCCGCCCAUAUCAUCUCUGUCCGGUGCAGUGCAGCCCAGAGAGCACCGCGAGCCAACAAAACCGGCCCUCUGGACUCUCCCAGCGCAUUCUGUGGACCAACAAGAGGGCAUUUUUACACUCCAGUGAAAACCCCCUCCGCCCCAAGACAAACCUGCUUCGCACCCCACCCCACGUCAGGAACAUCCCAAUAUGGCUGCUGCUCACGCACAGAUGGCCCGAGUCUCACACGAAAACAAGAAGAAAGCCGUUGCAAUGCGGAGGUGACCAUUGUUUGUUGGACCAAAAAGCAAUGUGAGUCAAAAAAGACCGGGUUAGAGGCCUACCGAAUCAAAGUAGGGCUCCACCCAGCCUGCCAGCACGACCACUCUGUGGCUUUUGCCUUUUAGACAACUCUGCCAGAGGCAGAUCAUGCCCUCCUUCGGUAAAAAGAAGUCUUGCUGUGACAGCCACCAUGGGCAGAUCUCAAUAUAAUUGGGUUAGCAAAGACGGUAGUCACCCGUCGACCUGGUACUGUUAGGCUGUCCAGACCCCCGCCGAUUCCAUAAAGCGGAGCAGAUGUCUGGCACUAUUUUUGCUUGCGACUGGCUCAGGAAUCCGAAGGAAGCCCUCCUUUUAAAAGUUGAAUCGAACGAGAACUACCAGUAGCCCGGGGGUAACACGGGUGGGACAGAGUUACCUCUUAGCUUCGCGCCAGUUUCGAGGCCGCUGAUAUGAAUGACGGGCAGUGCGGAACGUUGGGAGGUAUCUGGGGCCCGGCCAGAGCUAGUCCUUGUAGUCCGAGGUACUUGCAGGCUGCAUCAUGUUGUCACACCCCUGAGCAUGUCAAGUGGCCCCUGCUACUCCUCCCUUCCCUGUCACGUAUUCUCGACUUGGGACCGCGACCUCUUCUGCCCGAGGCUCCUUGCCCGUAUCCCUCGCAUGGCGCAAUACCUGAUCACCUCUCCCACGGCAGUGAGCAUGUCUGUUACUCACGUUGGUCUUCUCGGCACAAAUGUUGCUGACCGGAUUGGCUGUCUAGUGGCAGACCCAAGGUCCCCCACUUGGCACCGAAUUUGACCCUCUUGCCGUGGAGUAGGCGAUUCGAAGACCGCCUCGCCUGAGGUGAGCGGUUGGUCUUUUGUGCAGGAAAUGCUGCAGGGACCGAAUUCCGCAACACAUGCCCAGCCCCCCCUAGGCGUUGGACAUUUCGACGUAUGGCUAGCGGCAGAGUCCCGUUUCUCACGUUCGAUCUCACAUCCUCCUAGAGUGCCACCUGCGUAGGGGCUGUUUACAGAGUGUGGCCGAGCGUCAACGUCCGCUGCCUUGGCCCCAGUCCCGACCAGCAAGUGGCCUAGCCUACCUGGGGUAUAUCCACAACCUGAAUUGCAAUCAUAAGACGGCGUCUGCUCUAAGUCGGGAUCUGUGAUUCUCUCGGGCCAUAUGUUCAAGCUUUCUCUCGCCUUCGAAAUACCACUCCCCAAUUAACUUUGCUACAUGUCCUUCCUGCCCAGCUGAUGCCAUAUACCUCUGAGACCCACUCGCUGUCCAAGCUCCUAUACCUCCUUCGCUCGUAUCACAAUCCCACUCACCCAUUGUCCUAGUAAGAUACCCUCGCAUAUACUUAUCCAAGCCCACUCUCGCGUCUUGGUCGACCCAGGCUACCUGGCACAUUCUGCACCAUAUCCCCACCAAGGCCCUUCUCGACCCCAUACCGUACCACUCCAGCUCUACCUCAACCUUGAACCGGUCUCGUCGCCGCCAACGCUCGCAACGAACCUGGUCUUUUCAUGAGCGGCGGCCCAUAGCAGCCAUGGCUACCGCUACGAAACAACGUCAGCCCCGCCUUCGAGCAUCCUGUGACGGCUGCUUCCUCGCCAAAGUCAAGUGCUCCAAGGCAAGACCGAUAUGUUCCAGAUGCCUCACCUGCGGCAUAGAAUGUCGUUACUCGCCCUCGAGCAGAGCGGGGAAGCCGAAGGCCUCGGAAAGCUCAAAGGAACAAGCAGCACGUCAAGACUCCAAUGGCAACAACACAGUACCCAACAACAAUCCAAGCCAUAACAACGGCAACAACAACAUGAUGUAUGGGGUCCAUGGUGGCAUUCCGGGCAUGUACGAAGGAGGCUGGAUCACACCGCCCACGAGCAUCGAUGGGUCCAUGAGUCGCACUCAGUCAAUAUCUUCUGGUCUAGCCUUCAUGGGGGUAGAUGGCAGCCCGCCGACACCCGCGGAUCCCAGUCUGGCCACCGAGAUGUACGGCCCGGGUAUACCAUGGACUCCCCCGAGUGAGAUGCCCACUCAGUUCACCGAUGCCUCUAUCGACCAUACGAUUUCCAAUGACCAAAUACAUCGUCGUUCUCAGUCUUACGACAUGAACUCUGGCGCCAUGGGAUGGAUGGACACCAAGGGGCCCGAGUUGUUCAGUUUCAACCAGGUCUCCACACCAGCGCCAAACUGCUUCCCCAGCCCGACAGUGACGCCCAUCCAUCGGCAGACCACAUCACGGUCGAAAUCGACACCAUCCAAUUCGGCUGGCGGCUCUUGCACAUGUUUUACGGUGUGUCUACAGUCACUGCAGGCUCUACACAACGCGUCUUCCCCCGCAGCCCCUCCAUUUGACUUGGUGCUUUCCCUCAACCGAAAAGCUGUUGAGGGAUGUGCAGCUAUGCUUGCCUGCACGCGGUGCAUGAGAAGAUCUGGUACCCAUACAGCUGCCAUGCUACUAGCAACGGUGAUAGGCACAAUCACCUCUUUCUACAAGAACGCAUCGCAGUCUUAUUUUGAUCACGAAGGACCAUCGAGUGCCCAGAUGGUGCCACAGAUGUCGACUGCGCCAAUGGCAACAAGCAGCGGGUUGACAGGGCUGGGGGUGAGCCUCGGCGCAUAUACUGUCAACAGCGAGGACAGCCGGUGGUUGGAACUUGAGAUACUCGCACGUGAACUUCGCAAACUGGAGGAGGUGUAUGCAAACUUUCGGGAGGUAUGUUCGGAGUUGUCAGAGGACCCCGAAGUGAGCAAGGCGAUGCUCGGGUACCUGGGCCAGAACUUGGGAUCUACCAUGCAGGUGGUCACGCAUCGGAAGGGCGACAUUGGAUUCUCGUGACGAUCCGAUCCUAAGCUGUCCCCCACCCACUUCGGGGGUUUGGGGUGCGCAACAGUACAUCUCACACAAAGCCGUUAUUCCUUCUAGACAAGGAACUCCGACGCCCGGUAUGAAACAAAAGAUUGCGGUAUUUUUCCUGGCCGUUAACAGAAUCCCACAACAAACGGGAAACUGGGAUCAUUCGACACUGUACCCUAUUUUGCGACCCCGGCAAUUUGAAUACCGGGACUUAUGGUGGAACGAUUUUCGCGCCACCAUUCAAUAAAUUGUCUCUAUCACAAGGUUACCACCGAGAAUAUUUUGAUUAUCUGGUCCGUGCAGUCAAGCCCGACCCGCGGUCAGAGGUCGGAUGAAGGUGCUCCAAAGGGCGUGCGUGGUGUUUUCUUUCAGCACGGUAUCAUUUCACGGCACGAUUUGUGAGACAGGCAGACGGAGCAGAGGGCCUGGGGCUGGCCUUGGGGCCCAGACGAGAUUCACAAGCAGACUAACGAUAAGCUCCCAGUUUUGGGAAUGAGCGAGGGGCGCUGGGCUGAGAUAGAGACUUUGCCACCACGGCUGUGAGCGGGAAAGACGGAACGGCGUAAUGGGUUCAACGGGUUGUCUUUCCUUGCGGUUGAUGAGCAAGGGGUGGG